UGCCGUAGGUUCUAGCCUGAAGUGAUGACUAAGGAAAAUCAGACUCUGCCUGAAUUCAUCCUUUUAGGAUUCUCCGACCUCAGGGCCCUGCGGGGCCCCCUGUUCUGGGUGGUGCUUCUGUUUUACCUGGUCACUUUGCUGGGUAACUCCAUGAUCAUCCUCCUCACCCGGGCCAGCCCUUCCCUGCACUUGCCCAUGUACUUCUUCCUGCGCCACCUCUCGGUAGUGGAGCUCCUCUACACCACCGACAUCGUGCCCAGGACCCUGGCUGACCUGGCCUCCCCGCGCCCCCAGGCCAUCUCCUUCCAGGGCUGUGCCACCCAGAUGUACAUCUUCAUUGUCCUGGGCAUCUCAGAGUGCUGCCUGCUCACAGCCAUGGCCUACGACCGCUACGCCGCCAUCUGCCGACCCCUGCACUACUCCAUCCUCAUGAGCAGGCGGGCCUGCGUGGCCAUGGUGAGCAUCUCCUGGCUCAUGGGCAUCAUCACAGCCACCACCCACACCUCCCUCAUCUUCACUCUGCCUUUCCCCCGCCACCCAAUCAUCCCGCAUUUCCUCUGCGACAUCCUGCCCGUCCUGAGGCUGGCAAGUGCUGGGAAGCACAGAAGCGAGAUCUCUGUGAUGACAGCCACUGUGGUCUUCAUCAUGGUCCCCUUCUCUCUGAUUGUCACCUCUUACGUCCGCAUCCUGGGCGCCAUCCUGGCAAUGGCCUCCACCCAGAGCCGCCGCAAGGUCUUCUCUACCUGCUCUUCCCACCUGCUCGUGGUCUGCCUCUUCUUUGGAACGACCAGCAUCACCUACAUCCAGCCCCAGGCAGGCUCCUCGGUGACCACAAACCGCAUCCUCAGCCUCCUCUACACAGUCGUCACACCCAUGCUCAACCCCAUCAUCUACACCCUUCGAAACAAGGAGGUGGCGGGGGCCCUGCGGCACAUGGUGAAGAGGCAGGUCUUCUCGCCCUGACGGGACUCGGGGGUGCC